AUGACCCAAGACCCUCAGGACCCAAGACCUUCAGGACCCAAGACCUCAGGGCCAAACCUCAGGACUCCAAGACCUCAGGCCAAGACCUCAGGGCCCAAACCACAGGGCCCAAGACCUCAUAGCCCAGACCCAGGCCCGCAAAGACCUCAGACCACCAAGACCUCAGGGCCCAAGACCUCAGGGCCCAAGACCUCAGGGCCCAAGACCUUCAGGGCCCCAGACCUCGAGGGCCCAAGACCUCCUGGGCCCAAGACCUCAGGCCCAAGACCUCAGGCCCAAGCCUCAGAGCGACACACAAGAUUUGUCAUGUUUUCCCAGUUUUUAUGA